AUGUACCUUUACCUUUCGUUCACAUCUAUCUUCCUUUCUCUUUUUUUCUUUCGUCUUUCUUCUUCUUCUUCCUCUUAUUCUUUUCCUUCCACUUCUUUCGUUUUGUCUUCAUUUUUUUUCUUUCUUUUGUUCUUUUCUCUGUAUAAUUGUUUCUAUAUCUUUGUUUUAUUUAAAACAUUUUUUUUUCAUUUUCAGUGCAUCGUUUUCCAUUUCUUGUCCUUCCGUUCAGACGACUCUUUCAUUACUUCCAUUCCUUUCUUUGACAUUUUAUGGCCUUGUCUCUUUUCUCUUUCAUUAAUUGCUCACUUUUCUUUCUUUAAUUAUUGCUCUCAUUCUCUCUCUCUCUCUCUCUCUCUCUCUCAUUACUUGCUCACUUUUCUCUCUCUCUCUCUCACUCUCUUUCUCAAUUUUAAUAUUGCUUUCUUUUCUCUUUCACAUUCAUUACUUGCUCUCUUUUCUUUUUUUUCUUUUAUUAUUUUCCUCUCCUUUCUCUGUCUCUCCCCUUAUUUCCACUCUAUUCACUCUCUUUUCCUGUUGUUUCCCUAUAUCUUUUCUCUCUCUCUCUCUUUUCUCUCUCUCUCUCUUUCCUCUCUCUCUCUCCCUCUCUCUCUCUGUCUUUCCACUCUCUCUCUCUCUCUCUCUGUCUUUCCUCUCUCUUCUCUCUCACUUUUCUCUCUCUACUGUUUCUAUUUCCUUUCACUUCUAUCUCUCUUUCAUUAA